AUGUCAGCUGAGGCUGCUCUGAAUGAUUUCUUUGUGAGAGAACGGGAGGAGCUACGAGGGCUCGAAGACGAUCUAAACUUCUCAGAUGAAGGUAAAAAAGCAGGUCCUGAAACUCCCCAGACAGUUGAAGAACCUGAAUGCAUCAGACGAUGGGCUGCAUCUUUUCAAAAGCGCAUCGAAAUUAAGGAUAAUGCUGAACGCCAGAGUAUGUCUCAGUUGGAGGAACAGGGACUCAAGGAUUUACACGAGUGGGCACUCCAGUACCGCGAUUCUCUUUCCCGAGGAAGAAAACUCAGUCGUGCUCAUGACAAAGAACUUCGCGAUGCCCAAGUAAAAGCUGCAGAAGCAUCAACUAUGAUGUCACAAGUCGAUGCUGGUCAAGCUAUUUUGUGGGAUAGAGUUUGUCAGUUGUGCAACUUUGUUACUUCUACAAAUGAAGAGACUACAACUGUCCCUAUAAAUUCAAAAGACAGUCAACGAGAUCUUAACAGAAUGCGCGUGCUCCUUCUACAACUGA